GCGAGAGGACAAACCCUUGUGGAGUGCAUAUGCGGUUGUCCAAUGACAAUUAUAAUCUCAGAAAUGAUGAUGGACCCUCUUUACCAUAGCAUCCGUCGUUUAUCCAUGAAGGCAAUCGUAAACACUCAGGGCUUAUCAUCAGGGAGACAGGAACAUGUGAACUCUCCCCCUUACAUGUCCUUGUAGGCCACAGCUUCAAUCCCCAGAGCUUUCAACUCUCUCUCUGAAUAUCUUUAUAUAUACUUACUUCUCCAAGGUUCAUUUCCAGAACACAACCAUCUCUUCAACCCAAUAUAUAUAUAAAAAAAACUCCAUCUUUUCCAAAACCCAUCUGCAGAAAAUGGCUCUGAUGAGAAGUAUUUUGAGUGCAAAGAAGAUUCUAAGCAGAGGAGCCUCAGCUCCAAAGGGCUUCCUUGCUGUAUAUGUGGGGGAGAGCAAGAGAACGAGGUAUUUGGUCCCGGUCUCGUACUUGAAUCAGCCCGCGUUUCAAGCUCUGCUCAGUAAAGCAGAAGAAGAGUUCGGUUUCAAUCAUCCUACGGGCGGCUUGAUGAUCCCUUGUCCCGAAGCCCUUUUCAUGGAUGUAACUUCCCGGCUCGGAGGAAGACGACCCUGAGGAAACAUGAACGUUUUUUCUUUUUCUUUUUCCCGAUGUAAAGACAGAGAAUUAGAUGUAGAUAGAUACAUCUUUUUGUGUAACAGAGGAGAGUAUCAAACACAAAGUGCAGAGUUUGUAUUUUAUGAGUUCACUUCCUAACAAGUAUUCGACAUAUCUGUUUCUUU